UUGGUUAGGGAUUGGCACGUGUUGAGCAUGCGAGUGGUUAGAGUAUGUGUUAAUUUUAAUGUUUGCGCAGUUCUUAUAACGUGAGCUGACAUAAGCGACUGAAACAUGGAACCGAACGAACCUACACUGGAAACUCAUUUUAUGAGAUGUCUGCGAGAACUGUGCAAUCACAGUGAAGUAUUCCACACACAAUUCAGGCAGUACCUGGAUUACGAGGGGUUUACAGAGUCUGAUAAGGAAGCGAUAAUGACAGCCCUAUCUGAGUUGCUCCUUGCACCUGACUGCACUGUGGCUGUUGCACACUGUGUGCCCCAUCUUGUGCUGGAACUCCUCCUGCUUGCAGAGAACAGGGGAAGGAAUGGAACGUUAACACUGGAAGACAGAAUUCAUCAUCACAAACAGAUGUGUGUUGCUUUGGGGAAACUGGUGAAUUUUCACCCUGAUGCAGUCAGGUUUUCUUUACAGUAUUUUAAAAGCCAUCAUUCUCCAUUCCAUGACAUGACAGCUAAGUGUCUGUCAUCAAGUUCUGUAAAGAAAAGAAAAUUUUCUUCAAAGAAGACAAAAGUCACUGAUGUAACAGACUUGGAGAUUGUUGGUUGCUGUUACAGCCUGCUUCAGGCUUCAAGGGACUAUUUUAGUCAGUGCUGGAACUGGUCUCAAUUUAUGAAGCUGUAUGUGGGACACACUGAUGACUUCGUUUGUUGGUUAGCAUGUGAGUGUGUGGCUGAUGUUACUGGAAUGACAGAUAUACACAGGCAGACUUUUAUGAAUGUAUAUUUGUCUCCUGAAUCUAUUCGAGCUUCUACAGUUCGAUUUGACAGUCUUCAACCAAACUGUACUGAAUUGAAACAAGGCACUUCAAAAAGAAAAUCUGCACCAGAUGAAAAUGUUUGUCGAGCCUCUCACAUGGUUGUUUCUGUUUCUGGAAUCCAGUUGCCUGUUCUCAAUCCUAAAAGCCAGGAGAAAAAGGGCUGCCUUGUUCUUGUGAACUCGACGCUUGGAAACCUGAAGAGUUUAGCUUUGGCUGUUGCUUCUGGUAGAGCAGUAUGUCUGCAAGGACCUGUGGGUUCUGGGAAGACGUCUUUAGUGGAACAUUUAGCAUUAUUAACAGGUCGUAAUGCUGCACCACACUUCCUGAAGGUUCAGUUGGGUGACCAGACUGACAGCAAGAUGUUAUUGGGUUCUUAUCGAUGCACUGAUGUUCCUGGUGAAUUUGUGUGGCAGCCAGGAGUUCUGACGCAGGCUGUGACAGGUGGUCACUGGAUCCUGCUGGAGGACAUAGACUCUGCAGCUCCUGAUGUUGCAUCUGUCUUAGCUUCACUGGUUGAAACAGGAACACUGUCUGUUCCUGGCUACAGAGAUUGUGUCAGCAUUACUCCAGGCUUUCAGCUCUUCGUUACAAAACGGUUGUUGCCAAGUUUGAGUGGCUUCCACAGUCAGAUGCUCGGCUCCACUGAUUUCCUUGAAAAGCACUGGGUUCAGAUUAAUGUUGAACCUUUAUCCAGGCAAGAACUUGUGCAGAUUGUGGACACUAAGUUUCCAUUGCUGAAGACAAUUGCAAGUCGAAUUGUGGAAGUUUUCCUCCUUUUCUCAGUUGGAGAUCACAAUUCAACUUCACAGCAGGAAUUGGAAUGUGCAAGACUUGUUCAGGAUGUUCAGGUUAUGGGUGCUGGCCGACGGCUGACGUCCACAAGGGAUCUGAUAAAAUGGUGCACGAGAUCAGUCGAAGGUUUUGAUGUCUCAUCCCAGGAGUCUGCUCUCAAACUCUUCCAAGAUGCUGUAGACAUUUUCUGUUGUAGUGUCAUGAAUCCAGAAGCAAGGCUGAAGCUGGCCACAUCCAUUGGGGCUUGUCUGGGUGUAGUGAAAACCAAAGCAGACUAUUUCUGUAACAGUUACAAACCCAGUGUGAAGAUAAGUCAGUUGAGUUUUGUGGCAGGGAGGGUUUCGUUGCCACGACAAGUGGAGACUGUGACACUGCUGGAUAGUGCUGCAGGUGGCUUGAGCUUUGCUUUCACCCGUCCAGCGGCAUGCUUGCUAGAGCGGGUGGCUUGCUGUGUAGCGUGGAUGGAGCCUGUGUUGCUUGUUGGAGAGACGGGCACUGGGAAAACCUCAGCAGUGCAGUACCUGGCAGACAAGACAGGCCACCGUCUUGUUGUGAUCAACAUGAACCAGCAGAGUGACAGUGCUGACCUCUUAGGAGGGUAUAAACCAAUUGACCUCAAGUAUAUUGUUGGUCCAGUCCGGGAAGAAUUUGAGGCCCUGUUUCGAGGUUACUUCUCAGUGCAGAAGAAUGUCAGAUUUCUUGAGCAUGUUGCAACUUGUUUCAACUUACGUCAUUGGUCAACUCUUCUGAAACUGAUGAAGCACAGUCACAGUGCCGCAAUGAAGCGUUUAGUUGCUGAAGAUGCUUCUGGACAGAAGGGCAGUACAGACAGAAGGCUGGCAUGGCAGCAGCUUGGCCUGAAGUUGCUGAAACUGGAGACUCAGCUGAAGGCACAGAAUGCCCUAGCGUUUGCGUUUAUCGAGGGAAGUCUUGUGAAGGCUUUGAGAGAGGGCAGCUGGGUUUUGCUGGAUGAAAUUAAUUUGGCUUCUGCUGAGACGUUGGAAUGUUUGUCUGGUCUGCUAGAGGGCUCCACUCGUUCCCUUUACCUGCUGGAGAGGGGAGAUCAGGAACCGAUUCAAAGACACCCAGACUUCCGUUUGUUUGCUUGCAUGAAUCCUGCAACUGAUGUUGGCAAAAAGGAUUUGCCACCCGGCUUAAGAAAUAGGUUCACCGAAUUCUUCCUGGAUGAGUUGACUGAGAACUCUGACUUGACACUGCUGGUGGGAACUUAUCUGCGGGGCUUGUCCCUACCCAGUGUGAAGCUUGAGCACAUCGUUAAGUUCUACCUGAAUGUUAGAAAGGAGGCAGCAGGGAGGCUGACAGAUGGCACAGGACACAAGCCACACUACAGUCUGCGUACCUUGUGUCGGGCACUGAGUGUGGCCGCUCUGAACAAAUGUGGGUCUGUCCCACGGUCCCUGUAUGAAGGCCUUUGCCUUAGUUUUCUCACGCAGCUUGACAGCUCCUCCCAUCCUGAGGUUGAGCGGAUGGUAGCAAAAGCUGUUGUAGGCUCCGGAGACGUGAAGAGCAUACUGAAGCAGCCAAUACCACCCGAUUCAGACCAGUCUGUGUGCUUUGAAGGCUACUGGGUACCUCUCGGAAAGCUGGAACCAAAUGUUGAUGCAAAGUACAUAGUAACACCAUCUGUCAGACGCAAUCUCUGUGACUUGGUUCGAAUAGUGUCAAUUGGCCGUCAUCCUGUGCUUUUACAAGGAGAGACAUCUGUGGGCAAGACAAGUCUUAUUACAUACCUUGCCAAGGCUUCAGGAAAUCUCUGUGUUCGAAUUAAUAAUCACGAGCACACUGAUCUCCAGGAAUAUAUUGGAUCCUAUUCUGCAGAUGAACACGGCCAUCUUGUGUUCAGAGAAGGAGUGCUAGUCGAGGCAAUGCGAAAUGGCCACUGGAUUAUCUUGGAUGAGCUGAACUUGGCUCCAACUGACGUACUGGAAGCACUGAACAGAGUUCUUGAUGACAAUCGAGAGCUGUUUAUACCUGAGACACAGGAGACUGUAAAGGCCCACGCAAGCUUCGUGCUCUUUGCUACCCAGAAUCCACCAGGGCUGUAUGGAGGGAGGAAGAUGUUAUCUCGUGCAUUUCGCAAUCGUUUUGUGGAGUUACACUUUGAUGAGAUCCCAGCAAAUGAGCUGGUAACUAUUCUUCACAAGAGAUGUGACAUGCCUCUUUCAUACUGUAAGAAGAUGAUAGCUGUCAUGACAGAUUUGCAGUUACGUCGCAGAGGCAGUGCGGCGUUUGCCGGAAAACAAGGUUUCAUAACUCUUCGUGAUCUGUUCCGAUGGGGAGAGAGGUAUAGGCUCGCUAGUCAGAAGGAAGGAAUGCUGUAUGACUGGGAUCAGCAUAUUGCAGAUGAAGGUUAUUUGGUACUGGCAGGUCGAGUGCGGAAGCAGGAGGAACGUCACGUUAUUCAAGAAGUGAUCAAGAAACACAUGAAUAGAACUGUUGAUCCUGAUAACCUCUUCACUUUGAGCGAGAGGACAUCUCCAGUUACUCGCCCAAUCUUGGAGAAAGUUUUGGCUGAUCCUCUGCCAGGUUUUAACCAUAUUGUUUGGACAUACAACAUGAGAUGCUUAGCUGUUCUGGUUGGCAAAGCUUUUCAGUUCAAAGAACCUGUGCUGCUUGUUGGUGAGACGGGCUGUGGCAAGACGACGGUGUGCCAGAUGCUGGCGUGCAUUCAUAGACAGUCCCUCUACACUGUCAAUUGCCACAUGCACACAGAGAGUUCAGAUUUCCUCGGAGGACUUCGUCCAGUUAGAGACCGCACUAAGAACAUGGAAUCCGCAAGAUUAUUUGAAUGGGUUGAUGGACCUUUGAUUGAGGCGAUGCAAAGAGGUGACCUGUUUCUUGCAGAUGAGAUUUCACUUGCAGAUGACAGUGUUGUGGAGAGACUGAAUUCUCUUCUUGAACCGGAGCGCAAAUUGCUGCUCGCAGAGAAAGGCGGUGGGGAACUAGGAACUGACAAAUCCUGUGUUGUGACCGCAGCUCAAAAUUUUCAUUUCAUAGGCACAAUGAACCCAGGAGGGGACUAUGGAAAGAAAGAGCUUUCACCUGCGCUCCGCAACAGGUUCACUGAAAUAUGGUGUGAAAGUUGUACAAAUAGGCAAGACCUCUUGACAAUUGUGGAACAUAACCUCAACCCUGUCUUAUUGCUUGGGAAUCAAGAGGACGGCAGCUCAGGUGUUGGCAGCCGCUUGCUGGAUUUCAUUCAGUGGUUCACCAGUACAGAUGUAGGCAAGAGGUUUACUGUAAGUGUUCGGGAUAUUUUGUCAUGGGUGAACUUCAUUAAUGCCUGUACAGAAGAUCAGAAAAGUGAAGGGGAAAGUCAUGGCACCAAGAAACUGGAUCUAGCAACAGCGUACAUCCAUGGGGCCUGUCUCACGUUUCUGGACAGUUUUGGUUCAGGAAUAACGAGUAUUGAUAGUGCUGCCAACCUGAAGGCUCUGCGAAGUGCAGCGUUGCAGUAUCUGAUGAAGCAGAUGGAACUUGACUCUGCUGAAACUGCUGCGCAUUGUAGUGUUGCGGUCACUGAUACACAUUUUGGCAUCUCCCCGUUCUACGUCAGAAGAGGCAGUCUUCCCAUUGUUCUUGAUGGCUUCACGUUCUCAGCACCAACAACUGGUCUCAAUGCAUCUCGUGUGCUGAGAGCCCUGCAGCUGAAGAAGCCAGUUCUGUUGGAGGGAAGCCCAGGGGUUGGGAAAACCAGUCUAGUUGCAGCGUUGGCAAAGGCUGCAGGACAUCAGCUGACCAGGAUCAAUGUGUCUGACCAGACUGAUGUGUCAGACUUGUUCGGAGCUGACUUGCCGAUGGAAGGAGGUGAGGGUGGUCAGUUUGCCUGGCGUGAUGGGCCUUUCCUUCAGGCAUUGAAGACUGGUCAUUGGAUAUUGCUGGAUGAGCUAAACCUUGCAUCUCAGUCAGUGCUCGAAGGCUUGAAUGCAUGUCUGGACCAUAGAGGUGAAGUUUUCAUACCUGAACUUGGGAAAACAUUUCGCAUUCAGAGUGACAGCACACGUUUGUUUGGUGCGCAGAAUCCGCUGAGGCAAGGUGGUGCCAGAAGGGGACUCCCACAGUCAUUCCUAAACAGAUUUACCCAGGUUUAUAUUGACUGCUUAACAGAAGCUGACUUGGAGUUCAUUAUCAGAUACAUGUUUCCUGCUUUGCCAAGUGAUCUUAUUUCACGCAUGGUAAAAUUCAAUUCCCAAUUGGUCAGAGAAACAGGCGAGUUGAGGUUAUGGGGACAGAGAGGAGCACCAUGGGAACUGAAUUUGCGGGACUUGUGCCGGUGGUGUGAAGCAAUAAUUGCUGACUCUGCAAAAUAUGCGUCAUCAGAAAGGAAUGUCGCAUUCAAUCCAGGGAAGUUUAUUGACCUCAUUUAUGUAGACAGAAUGAGGACAAAAGAAGACAGAGAAAAGGUUAAAGAAACCUAUGUUCAAAAAAUGGGAUCAGAGUAUCCAUUAUUUUGCAGUUUUCCUCGAAUUCAUAUAACUCACAGUACUUUAUUUGUUGAUGACAUUUCCAUGUCACGCACUGGAAUGACGUCGCAGAGGACUCAAACUGUAGAUGAAGUCAGUGAAAGUGUUCAUCAGUUAGUGAAUAACUCAAAUCAGAGACAGCCUCAACAGCAGAAUAGUCUAAUGCUUCUGAGAGGACAGUUUCCUGUGCUGCGUUCGCUUGCGAGAUGUGUCGACAUGAACUGGUUGGCAAUACUGGUUGGUUCAGCUGGUAGUGGCAAAACAAGUGCAGUACAUUUGCUAUCUCAGUUGCUGGGGCAGGAACUUCGAGUUUUAUCCAUCAACUCUGCAAUAGACACCACUGAAAUUUUGGGGGGCUUCGAGCAGGCCGACUAUAGUCGUCACUUGGAUGAGAUUGCUGCACACGUGGAGCGUCUCCUCAUGGCUGCCGUGAGACGUCGGCUGAUGACGGGGAGUCGUGACGUCGCAGAGGCGUCAUGUGGGCUCCUGCGGCAGUGGGAGGAUUUCCGACAGCUCUCGAACCAAGGUCCAGAUGUGGAACACCAAACACUUAUUACUGAAACUAGUUUAUUUGGGUGUCGAUUGGCUGCCCUGCAAGCAAUAGUAGUUGCAUUGAUGACUGGCACUGCCUCUCACCAGUUGGGCCAACAGACCUGUGAGGCUGAACUGAAGGUUUUGGAACACAGACUCAAGAAGCUAGCUCAGAAUGUAGCAAAGGAAGGAAGUCUCAAUGCUGGUGGCAAGUUUGAGUGGAUUGACAGUGUUCUGGUUAAGUGUCUGCAAGAUGGCUGCUGGUUGUUGGUGGAUAACGUUAACUUGUGUUCACCUGCUGUGUUGGAUCGUCUUAAUGCCCUGCUGGAACCUGGAGGCAUUCUUACGAUUGGAGAGAGGGGUGUUGGCCCUGAUGGCCAGCUUGUUACGAUCUGCCCCCACCCAGGCUUUCGGCUCUUCCUAACUAUGGAUCCUCACAAUGGAGAAAUAUCAAGGGCCAUGAGAAAUCGUGGAGUUGAGAUCUACCUGCCGGGCCCGCAGGAAGAAGAGUACAGCUCCUUGGACCUCAGGUCCCUCCUGUACAAUGCUGGGUUGAGGUUGCAGAGUCAGCAGGAUGUGCUGUUAUCAGUGCAUAAUGUAAUGACUGAGGAGAAACGAGGUCUGGGUGAACCCCGGAUAGCUCAACUUCUUGAUGCGGCACUCCUGAUAUCACAGCAGAUAUCCCUUGGCCAGUGUCAGUAUGAAGCCUUCCUGUCCAGCUGCAGUGAUGUCUACAUAAAGUCGUGUGUGAGAACUGCCUCUGGAUCAUCACGAUGUUCAGACUUGAAACAAAAGUUGAGUCAGCUGUUAACAGAGACACUACACAAUAGCUCCCUCGUACAAGAAACCCGCCAUGAGCACUUAGAAGAUGGUUUUGCAAUGGAUGUUUUCACGUUGAACAUUUCCAGAGUGAAAGUAAAUGCAUCAUUUGCUGUUUUGAAACAGCAAGGUUCAGUGCUGAAAGCCAUGUUAGAAGCAAGUGUUUCAUCUGGAUCCAAGCACUCUGAUGAACUCACGGAAGUGGGAUGCAUGAAACAGUGUUCAGACACGGGACCACUGAACCAACUGCUGGAUGUUCAUGAUGAAAAUGUUGCUGGAAGUAAAGUAGCAGCAGUUGUCAACGUGAUUGAGCUCAUUCCAAAUCUUCUGCUCAUGUUCUAUGGAGCAGCGACUCAAAGUGACGUAGAACUUCGGCAUGAGUGGCUCUUGAAUUUGAUCACUGAAUGUAAGAGGAAGUGUCAAGGGGUGACUGCUGAGAUUAUUUUGAAGAAAUAUCAAAAAGUAUGUGAAAUGUUGAAGAGAACUCUUUGCCGAGCCUUUUCUUCAUCUCCAAACAUUCAUGUAAAUCUUGUGAAAAGUAUGUACAGUGUACGGGACUUACCGUGGGACAUUCAUCUGCUUCCACACAUUGCAGCAUUUUGUGGUUCCAGAUGUUCUGCAUGUGUAGGAGUAAAUAAACUGUCUCUUCUCCUUUGGUUCACCCUGAAGAAAAUACAGACAGAAAGAGUGACUGAAGAAACACUUCCUGGCAAACAGAAGUCUCUGACAGUGGUGGAAUAUUCAACAGCUUUGAUGCACGGCACUCUCGCAGAUGACAUUACAAGCCAUUGUGUCAUUACCAAAUUUUCACCUCUUAUACGUCAGUUUGAUGAAUGCUUUGAGGCUGCCUUGAAGUCCGAGGACACAUCCCUUGAUGUUGCUCAGUGUAACAGGCUGUAUGAAGCUCUGGAGUGGAGAUUCCGGUUGUCAGAGCUUGGAGAUUUACAGCUCGUCUGUACCGACAGGAAGAAGAAAGGAUUGAGAACCAGGAACUUAAUUGAGGAAGCUGUGUCGAAAUUGAGUGUUCAUUACAGAUGGCUUUCCAAGUGGACGGUACCGUCAUUGCAGCUCGUACUGAAGACGGAUGAAGCUGUAAGGAAUGGUGAGCUGGUGAGUCAGUUUGAGUACACACUGCAGGUGAUUGAUGCCAGUCUGGCUGUUUCAUCAUCAGCAUUGCUACCAGUUGGGAAGCAUGUGAGGCAGUUCUUGUGUCAGCCUGUACCGCACGCCAGCAAGCAGCAAGUCGAGCUGUGGCAGCAGAUGCAAAGAUUGUCAGAUCUGCUGUCUCUGUGGCCAGGUGAUAAAUGGACUCACCAUGCUAAGUCUAAAGACAUUGUUGGCUUCCUCCAGACACAGGCUGGCAUGAAGGCUCGUCUUGACCUUGUUCGAGCCCACCAGUGGUUGGUUCGUGGAGAUAACACUGACCAAGUGAGUUAUGUCAUUAAGGAAGUAGAGAAGUCGUGCCAGGAGUCUGGUCUCACCCAUUGCUCUCCAUACACCGUCAGCAGGGAGAAUGGCUCUGUUAUGCACAGUAACUCGGAGGUUCCAUUAUGGCCAGUACUUGAAGUGCUGUGCAUUGCCCUCAGUGGUGCCCUCAAGCGGGCAUUAUGUCAGCAGAAUGGAAGCAUUGCAUCAUGCCAAGACAUUGCCAGAAAUCUAAGUUCCCUUAUGCUACCGCUGCCAAGCAUCCCUCCUAUACUGGUAUCAAUGGUUAAAUUUCUGGCUGAAUCAAAUGAGCUGCUGACUGAUGCCACUUCAGACAGAUUUAAGAAUCUCAUUCCAGAAUUAAUAAUGGUGAUAUUACAACAUUCAGAGCUGUCUCCAAGUGUAAAACAGCUGAAACACUGGUUGUCAUGGAGACGGGAAGCUUCGGAUGGUGAAAGCAAUGGAAGUGAGAUGGAAGUGGAUUGGACAGGAGCUGAUGAUAACAGAGAAGAUGCCUUUCCUCUGCAUUGCCCACUUAUGACAAACAUUGUGACAUCAUUUGCUUUGCCAAAUUGCCAAAGCAGCAGCACUGAGACUACACUGGGCUCACACAGAGCUUAUAAGCGACAGCUCAGCGUACUGAAGGAAGUACUUUGGAGAAAUACAAAAGUUCUUUCAGCACCAGAACUUAACUACAAGUUAAAUGAUGCUCUGAGUGUUCAGUCUUUCUUCCGAAGAUUUGUACGAGCCCUGCUCUCGGCACUGGGCAGCAGUGCAGCUGAAGAGCCAGGUGGAAACUGUGUGGCCCAUGUCGAGCAAGUGGUGCAGAUUCUGAAGGACUAUAAAGGUGGUGACAGAUGGCAGCACCAUGCUUCUGCAGGUGAAGAGAAGAAACAGUUUGCAGAUGUGCUGGUGCACUUAGCUGACACAGUCAUGGGUCUAGAGGACAGUGUAAGGACUGUCGCAGGUUCUUGUGGCAAAGUCACGGCAGGGGAUGUCAGUGACUUUCAGAUGUUUGUGUCAGCAGCAGAAUCCUGGGUCCUUUUAGGAUUCUUGCAGGUUGUGUUAUUUGCAGAUCUUGGACUAAUGGAUCCAGUGGCAAAGAGAAGACUGAAGUUACAGUAUGUUUCAGAAGAGCUAGAGGAAACUGGAAAGAUGUUGUAUGCCCAGGAACUGCAGUCACGUGUUUGUAGCGCAAGUCUUGAUAAGUUUGAUGACAGUCACCUUCACCCUCGUAUUGUAGCACUCAGAGAGAGACAGAAGCAUUUGGUUACCAGACAGCACAAACUCAACGACCGUGUAGCUGCAAGGCCUGAUCCCCCGCUGUUUGACUCUUUAGCUAAGGAAACACUGCACUAUUCAAAAAGUUUGGCUUCCAGUGAGGUGGUUCUGAAUAUGCACAGACGCCUUGUUGAUGCAAUUCACAAAUUGGAUACAAACUCAAAGAGUGAUAAAGAAAAGAUGGCCUUCAUCAGCAGAGCAGAAGAUGUGUUGAGGGAGGAGAAGGUGUGGCAGGAGUCACAGUUGAGAUUUUAUGACAAACUGAACAGUCGUUACUGCAGUUGGUACCCGGACAUGGUGAAGCCAUUGCUUUCUGCUGCGACCCAGCUUUGCUAUGGAAUGCGCCAGUUAGCUACUGUACUUCAGAAGGCAGUGAUCCGAACCAGAAUGUCACUUGGAAAUGAGCAACUCAAUUUGAACAAGUUGUUGCGUGACCUUGUUCGCUUCCCGUCUUUGGGAGAGGGCCAGUCCUCUCUUGUGUCUCUUGUGAAUACCUGCACAUCUGACAGCACAGUAGCCGUGAUCAACAGAGUUUUGAGUGAAGGGACUGAUCUGCAGCAAGCCAGAAGGGCAACAUACUGCUUAAUUAAAUCAAGCCUUGAAGAGCUGAAGAAUCUUGUAAUGAUCAGAGGUGAAUUAAAGGAUGAAAUUUGGGUGAAAAUUACACAGCUUCUGGAUCAUAUCGUAAGAGACUGGAACCAGCAGGAGGACGAGAGAAAACAAAAGGCAAAGGAAGAAGAGAGCUUGUUUGUUACAAAAUGCCGAACACUAAGCGAUGCAGAGCAGGUUGCUCUAGAGGUAGAGGAGAUGUUUCCGUCAUCUGGUGCCGGUGACUUCGGUGACCUGCAGCAACAGGCCACACUAGAGCAAGUUCCAGUUGCAGAGAAAGCCCAGAGUGUGUCCAUAGUUGACAUACUGACUGAAAAAGACAUGGCCUCUAUCUGCCAGCUACAUUGUCAUAUAGUGUGGACAUACACGAGCUGUGCAUGGCUGUCACCUGCGCUCGUCUGUGGCAGGCAGUGCCACCUGAAACCAGAUUUCAUCACACCGUUACUGCAGAGAUACAAAAUAUUUGGCUUGCUGUUGGAGAAUCUGUCGAGAAGUCUUGAUAGCUCCCUCGACAUUGCCCUCUAUCCCAGUCUGUCACUACUCACGUCUGCGACACUUGCCUACAUUGAGAAAGGGAGAACAAAGUUCUCCGAUGUUGGUGACUUGCCACUGACUGGUAGUCCGUCACGACAAGGGAAGUUCCUUGGCGGAGUGCCUAAAGUGAAGAUAUUUGACUUCUACAGAGAUGGCUUUGUUGAGGAAGUGAAGCAGUGCUUUCCAGUGCUGAUGGCUGUGGCCGUCAGAGUUAGAGAACUUCUUGCAGAAUGGCCAGACCAUCCUACUUUAAAACAGAUGCUCGUCAUCAUACAGCGGAUUCUGAACUUCCCAUUGACCAGUCCAGUUUCACGUUUCCUCACCGGUUUAGAGCUUCUCUUGGAUAAGAUGCAUGAGUGGGAAGAGAAUGCUCACAGUGGUGUCAGCUUAGCAGCCCUCUGGAAGUCAGUGACAGAUCAGAUUGGCAGCUGGCGCAAGCUGGAACUGCAGUGCUGGAAGGACAGUCUUGACAAUGUGGCAAGGAAAGCAGAAGCAGCUGCAUCAAAAUGGUGGUUCUACAUUUAUUCCCUAGUGGAGUCAUUCACAGCCAAGCAGACAGAGUCAUCAGCACAAGAGUUGGUAAAAACUUUUCAGAAAUUCAUGGAACAGUCAUCCCUUGGAGAGUAUGAAGCAAGGCUGAACAUUUUGUUUGCGUUUCACUGCCAUGUUGUUCACAUGCAGCAGGCAGUUUGCAGAGAUGAGGUGAUGAACAUACUAUGGAAUGUAUACCACUACUACUCUCAGUUCUCGGAAGCUGUAGCAACAAGAAUUAGAGACUUGAGGGCUCCCAUUGAAAAGAAAUUGAAAGAUUGUGUGAAGAUUUUCCGUUGGGACGACAUUAGUCACUGGGCCAUUAAGGAGGCCAUAAAGAAGGUACACAAGACCCUUCACAAACACAUCAGACAGUUUCAGGAAGUUCUGAAUCAGCCAGUAACAGAGUCCUUAACAAAUCCGUCAUCCGAAACAGGAGGCGUAAAUAUAGGAAUGUGGGACCGACCUCAACGCCAUCAACCAAGGACGUACCAGAGUCUGUUGGAGCCUAUGAAUUUUAUAGCAGACACCAGACUCAAGAAAUUAACAGUGGAAUGGGAUGAUGCCAUUACAGAAGGCUCACUCCUUAAUCGAUCUGGGUCGCUAUUUAUGAAAGCUAGAAAACUUUGCAGAGAAACAAUUCUGAACACUCCAUAUGCCAAAUGUGUUCAGACAGUGGAAGGGCUGAUAACUGAAGUUAUUGAAACAUCAAACCAUUUGAAGAACCUGGAAGUAUCAGCUGACUUACCAAAACCUAAGCAGAAAUCUCAGGCUAAGAACUUCCUACAACAGAAGCGAAAAGCGCUUGCUGAUUUGUUUCGGGGUCUCCAGCAAAUAGGGCUUUCCUACAGGACUGGCCUUGUAUACUGGAAUACAGGGGAAGUUGGUACACAUGAGUUUACUUUGCCCCCAGUGGACCUUCGAGCAGCAUUCCAGCAUCUCAAAAACAGACGUGUUGAUGGUCAGCUGUUGUCGCUUUGGAACGGCUGUGAAAUUUACUUCUUGCGUUCAGUAGCAAGAUUGGCAUUGCUGAAUAUUUGUCUUCAGAAUCCGGCCAGAGAUUUGGGACCCCCUGCUGUUGAGAGGUUCAGGGGAUUUGCGGCCCAUCUCAUGGUACUGGCUCGCGAACAGAAGCUGUUGCUCUGUGACAGUAGUCAGUUGCUGUGUUCACUACGCUCUAAGAUUUCUCAGUUGGCAGCCAUGGAGGAAACAGCCAUUGUAUUACCCAGACAGUCAGUACUGCAGAGUUGGUUGGAGAGACUGAAGGCAUUGCUGGUGACAUGCACAAUUUGCUUGGAGCAGUUCCGUAUAUUCCUUUAUUGUUGUCCUUCUCAUGAAGAGCGAGACAUCAACUCAGAUAUGGCAGUUCCAGCUCUGGAACUUUCUGAAUUCCCAGCAAUUGUGCAAGCCACAAAGGGUGAUCACACUUGGAAUUUGGCAGAGGAGAAAGUCAAAUACUUGUUGUCUGCUGUGUCCAAGCUCAAAUAUACAAUGGAGAAAUCAGAAAUUGUUCCAUCCUCUCUGUAUGGUACUAAAGUCCGAGCAGCGGGUUCGACAGCACAGUCAAACAUGCUGAUGUCACAUGCACAAUGUGAAUUGUUGGUGAAUGGCUACAGCCAAAUGGAAGAAUUUGCAAAUGACAUAGGUACACUGAAGACUGUGUUUGAGCAGCCGAAUAAAGCCGAAUGCCAGGAAAGUGGACCUCAAGUAGCUGAAGACAGCCAGACAGCGAGAGGUGUGAAUCCCAUGAUAAGCAGUCUUAUUUGGCUGCAGCAGCACAUGCUUGAAGAAUCAACAGAGUUCUCCUUGUCCACAUCUUCACUGCAGGCAGGUGCAUCAGUUGCUGAAAGUGGGACAGUGCCAAGAAGCACUGAGCAGGACGCCACAGUCAAGGACUUCAGAGAAGAGACAGAGAAGUUGCUGAAGAACUUGCUGGUGGCUGUACAGGACGUUUAUAAGAAGUGUAACGAGAAAAGUGAGGAAGGCAUGAAACAAACUAAGGAUGUGGAGAAUAAUGUUGAUGAAGGAAAUCAGAUUGAAGGUGGACAGCUUAAAGUGUUUGAAUCCUUGUCUGCUUCUUUAUCCAUGUUUCGUAUGAGCCAAAUAAAUGAAGGGUUACAUCUGCUGAUGCAGAAACUUGUAACAAUUCUGGAUGCAGAGGGUGUCCAGGAAGGAAAUGUCUGCAAAAGGUUGCUCCUGCUCUGCCUACCCUGCCUGGACCAGCUGGUGCUUUUCUACCAAUUCUUUGUGACGCAGCAGGUGGCUUUGUAUCGAGUUAGCUGCAAACUGCUCUCUGUCCUGCUGGCUAUCUUCCUUGAGUUAGCUCAAAAGGGCUUUUGCAUUCCUCCUGAACUGGCUGCAAGUGAGGAAGAAUCUCAAAAAGACAGUGCAGCUGGUGGACAGGGCCUGGGAGAGGGGGAAGGGGAGAAGGACAUCUCAGACCAAAUGGAGAGUGAAGAGCAGUUGGAAGAUGCCAGACCAAAGGGAGAAGAAAAGACAGAAGAAAAUGAAGAUUGCAAGGAGGAGGAGAAGGGAAUUGAGAUGUCAGAAGACUUUGAGGGGAGGGUCCAAGAUUUUGAGCAGAAAGAAGAUGAAGAAGGUGACUCGGAUGAAGAGAAUGAUGAAGAGGAACCAGACAAAGAAAUGGGAGAGACAGAUGCUGGGGCAGACAGACUGGACCAGCAGAUUUGGGGCAGCGAUUCAGAAGAUGAAGGUGAAGAAAACAAGGAUGAUGAAAGAGGAAGUGGAGAAAAAGUUGGUGAACCAGAACUUGCAGCAAAUGAAGGAGACAGUAAACCUGAAGGGGAGAGUGAUGAAGAGAUCACAAGGAAACAGGAACCAAAGAGGAAAGAAAUCAAUGAAAUGGAUGAUCCAGAUGAAAAUGAUGAUCAGAUAGAUCCAUAUCAUGGUAAGCAUGAACCACAGCCUGAGCCAGAACCACUUGACCUUCCCGAAGAUCUUCAGCUCGAUGAUGGUGAAAGAAAAGAUGGAGCAGAUGAGGAUGGACAGGACGAGAAUCCUUUUGAUAUUGACAAAAUGAAAGAACAAAGAGUGCCAGACGAGGAAAAGAUGGAAAAAUCAAAGGAUGAAGAUUUGCCUGAAGAAGAAGAGCAGAUUGAUUCUGAUGAUGAAGAAACUGAAGAAGGCAGAGAGAAAGAGCAAGAAUGUGAGGAGAGUUGGAAGUCGGAUUCAGCUGAUGCAGAAGGAGGAGGCAGCAAAGAUGAAGAGAAGGCAGGGGAUGAGCCAAAAGUGGAACCUGAGAAGGAGAUCCAAGAGGAACGUGCAAAACCAUCACAGGAUCAUCCAGCUGAGAUACCUGCAGAACCUGCAGCAGAAAUGGACCAGGCAUAUGGAUCAAAAGAUCAGGUUACUGCUGAUAAAGACAGAGAUAAGAACACAAUAGGGCUACAGCCACCUGAAGAAAGCAGUGCAGAAGGGAAGAAUGAUAAACAAGGAGUGGGACAAGCACAGGCUGAGCAAACUGAUACCGGGCACCAUGGAGAUGUGACAGCCCACGAGGAUAAUGUUCAGACUGGUGACAGCCAAAAGGAACAGAACAUAAGGAGGCGGCAGCAUUUACAAGAAAGUGACAGUAACAGGAGCCUGGGAGAGAUCAGUGAGCCUGUCAAGAAGAAACUCAGAAUGGUGAACAUGACAGUGGAAGAGGAGAGAGAAGAACAGGAGGAGGAGGAGGAGGAGGAGGGAGGACCUGAGAACCAUAAGAAUGCUGACAUCUACCAGCAUAUAAGAGAAGCCAAGAAAAAGUUUGAUACUCAGGCUUUAGAUGCUGCAACCAAGGAACAGGCAGAGAAGCAGCCAGUUCCAAAUUUGGAGGAAGAGAGCGGAGAAGAACCCAAAGAAGAUGACAGCAUGGAGCUUGAGGAUGACACAGUUCCACAUGAAGAUGAAGUCCCUAUAAGAAGUUCAGAAAAUGUUUCAGGCAAUAAGAAACACAGUCAGGAAGAAAGUGAGAGGGCAUCUGGAGAGAGAGUUGAUGAGGGUGGUGAUGCAGAAAUGUGUGUGCAAGUGGACGGUGAUCAAGUGGAGACACUGGGUGCUGCAAGAGGCAGUGAGACCACGUUUCAUACUGUGCCUGGAGAGAUAAUGGCUGAUGCCUCUCAGAAGGAUUUAAUGUCUCCAGAAGAUUACCAUGCUUUGAGAUCUCAGUUGGAGAGUCAGUUGGCAACUUGGAGUCAGCCUCCGCCGGAUGAAGAAGCAGUGAGAGCAUGGGAGUUGUUCAGUGCUGUGACUUCUGGAUUGGCUCGAGACCUCAGUGAACAACUCAGGCUAGUGUUGGAACCUACACGGGCCUCUCGUCUGCGAGGAGACUAUCGUACCGGACGUAGAAUCAGCAUGAGGAAGGUAAUUCCAUACAUAGCAAGUCAGUUCCGAAAAGAUAAAAUCUGGCUCAGAAGAACAAAGCCAUCUAAACGUGAAUAUCAAAUAGUGCUGGCUAUUGACGAUUCCUCCAGCAUGGCAGACAAUCAUUCCAAGGAGCUGGCAUUUGAGUCCCUGGCUCUUGUAAGUCGAGCCUUGACGCUGUUAGAGGCUGGAGAGUUAGCAGUGAUAAGUUUUGGAGAGACCCCGAGAGUGCUGCAUCAGCUGGGAAAUCCCUUCACAGAAAAGAGUGGUGCAAGCUUAUUACAGAAAUUCUCAUUUGAGCAGAAGAAUACCCGUGUGGGCCAGCUUGUAGACUUUGCGACAACAGUGUUUACAGCAAAUCGUUCUCGGCCACUAAGCAGUAAUGAGCGUGCUCAGUUGUUAGUAAUUGUAUCAGAUGGUCGUGUCAUGAGUGAGGGUCCUGACAAGGUGAAGCAAGCUGUAAGGAGAGCCAAACAAAGUGGCAUCUUCAUGGUUUUUGUCAUUGUGGACAACCCUGAAAGCAAGGAUUCUAUUCUGGACAUUCAGCAACCAAUAUUCAGUGGAACGAAGUGCCUGGGCUUCUCAUCCUACCUUGACAGUUUUCCCUUUCCUUUCUAUUUGAUUCUGCGGGAUAUCAAUGCUCUGCCAAGUGUUCUGAGUGAUGCAUUGCGACAGUGGUUUGAGCUGGUUACAAAUAUGGAUAAAUAGCCAGUACCACAUUGAUACUAUGGUUACGUAUCCACAGCAUACAUAUGGUUGUGCUCCACAAACCAUGGUAUUCUGAGGGCAGUCCAUACCACCAUCUAGUGCCAAGAUGUGCUUCCAUAUAUACAGGUUUGCCAUAGCUCAAGCGGUUAGUUGCUGGCUUCCCACCGUGGUGGCCCGGGUUCAAUCCCGGGUCUGGUCAAG